UUCAGGAAGUGAUACUAAAUGGAAUUUCUGCCUUUCCCCCCACGUGAGCCUCCAUCGAAGCACCACGCGCAGCAGGACCGAGCCGGCUGCUAACGGUCGGUCAGUACAUCACGUCACUGAGAAGCAGCGGCGGCCGAGCUCUGGACCACAACGUAACUGCCGUACGGACGCGGCGGAGCGGAUAAUUGUAGUCUCAGGUCCAGACAGCGCGAGGAAGAUGGCGGACGACCCCAGCGCAGCGGACAGGAACGUGGAAAUUUGGAAGAUUAAGAAGUUGAUCAAAAGCCUUGAGGCGGCUAGAGGAAAUGGCACCAGUAUGAUUUCCCUCAUCAUCCCACCCAAGGAUCAGAUCUCGCGUGUUGCCAAGAUGUUGGCCGACGAGUUCGGCACGGCUUCGAACAUCAAGAGCAGAGUCAACAGACUCUCCGUGCUGGGAGCCAUUACCUCAGUACAGCAGAGACUCAAACUCUACAACAAAGUGCCUCCUAAUGGCCUGGUGGUGUAUUGUGGCACCAUAGUGACAGAGGAAGGCAAAGAGAAGAAAGUAAACAUUGAUUUUGAGCCUUUUAAACCAAUCAACACAUCCUUGUAUUUAUGUGACAACAAGUUCCAUACUGAGGCUCUAACAGCUCUGUUGUCAGACGACAGCAAGUUCGGCUUCAUUGUGAUUGAUGGUAGUGGCGCCCUGUUUGGGACUUUACAAGGCAACGCAAGGGAGGUGUUGCACAAAUUUACUGUGGACCUGCCCAAAAAACACGGUAGAGGAGGACAGUCUGCUCUUCGAUUUGCACGUUUGAGGAUGGAGAAGAGACAUAACUAUGUGCGUAAGGUAGCAGAGACGGCUGUGCAACUCUUCGUGUCCAAUGACAAGGUCAACGUGGCAGGACUGGUUCUUGCCGGAUCUGCCGACUUCAAGACGGAGCUCAGCCAGUCAGACAUGUUUGAUCCGAGGUUACAAGCGAAGGUUCUGAAGCUGGUUGACAUAUCGUAUGGAGGAGAGAACGGUUUCAACCAGGCCAUUGAGCUUUCAGCAGAAGUGCUGUCCAAUGUCAAGUUCAUCCAAGAAAAGAAACUAAUAGCCAAUACUGGUCAGGAGCAUGAGCUGAUUGAGAGCAUGCCGCUGCUAGAGUGGUUCGCCAACAACUACAAGAAGUUUGGGGCCACGCUGGAAAUCGUUACAGACAAAAGCCAGGAGGGUUCACAGUUUGUGAAAGGCUUUGGAGGCAUCGGUGGAAUCUUGCGGUACCGGGUGGACUUCCAAGGCAUGGAAUACCAGGGAGGUGAUGAUGAGUUCUUUGAUUUAGAUGACUACUAGGUAGUCGGGACUGACACAAAAUUCAAAUACAAGAUUUUCCCCCUUCACCUACCCCGCAAACGGCAGGGGAGCGAAGGAGA